AUGCCGCUGGGGCUCAAGGGCGGUUGUCCUUUCGAAGUGCCGCCCCCAAGCCGACUUUUUCUUGCUAGGGCGUACAUAAUAGAGAUCGCCAAUACCGCAGCAGCAACGGCAGCCAGCGGCAGCCAGAGAAGCGACGGCAGCAACGGCAGCAACGUCGGUAACGACAGCAACGUCAGUAACAGCAGCAAUGUCAGUAAAGGUAGGAACAGUAGCAAAUUCCUAGCAAUAAGCAGAACGCCGCUGUCGUCCCAUGCCUGCACAAUAAAAAUCGCUGGCGCAGCAUGGCGGUGUGGCGUGGCCGAGAAAAGCGUAGGACGGCUUUACAACUAUGUAGCAAAAGUUGGCUUUACGAAUAGCACUAUUCUUACCAACUACUUUGCCCGACAGGUUGAUUGUUCGACUGGCUGCCAGAUUGACUCUUGGGACUGCUUGAUGAAUCGGCUGAUAUGUCAUAUAGCUAGGUAUUGUGAAGUUAAUCCCGCGCACAGCGAGGCUGGCAGUCAGGAGGGCAUCAACGCAAACGCUGUGGAUUCAGUCCACCAGUGA